UGGACGGGGAGUCCCGUGGCGCAUGCGGAGUAGCUCCGACGCCGCCGAGCGUUGUGCGGGCUGGCGGGGUUCGGCCGCUCUCACAGUGACCGCCGGGCGAGCGGCAGCGGUGUGAUAUUUGCAAGUUUUGUGCCUUGACAGUGAUCAUCAUGGACAGUGUGUUCUUAACAGGGGACAAAGCCAAUUCUGUGUAUAAAAGAUACCGAAGAGCCAACAAGUUUUUGGAAGAAUUAAAGCAAGGUGACAUAGAACAUGAAUGCAGAGAAGAAAUCUGUACCUAUGAAGAAGCAAGAGAAGCAUUUGAAAAUGAGGAAAAGACGAAGGAGUUCUGGAAAGUCUACAAAAAUGGACUUCAGGGAGAAAGUAACACAGGACAUAGCUGGUAUUCAUUUUACCUUGCAUUUCCGUUAAUCAUCGGCCUUUUUGUUAUCCUCAUUGUCGUUUUUGUUAUAUGGAGAUGCCUGUUUAAAAAGAAAACACGUAGACAGUCGGUGUACGCGCACAGAGGAGCCCACGACGCGAUAGGUGAUGGCGCUGAUGGCAGAGGUUCGGUCCCGCAUCCUCUCAGCAUUGUUCAUUCCCCGCAGGAGGAAAUGUUUGAAGUCAGUGGGCUCUCUCCAGGAGGUCUGAGCUAUGCGGAUACACGAUCAGACUCAAUAUCCACAAGGCUGUCAAACUGUGAUCCUCCUCCUUCAUAUGAGGAAGCCACUGGAGAAAUUGGUCUGAGAAGAAGUGAAGGUGAACAACAUUUAGAUCCACCUCCACAGUAUGAAGACAUUAUGAGUUCUAGUUCAGCCAAUGCAAUUGCACUAUCUCCUGUUAUCACCAGUACAAAGUAAAGCAGGAAGAAUGCUUCUGGACUUUUAAGAAGAAAAAAAAAGAAGUUUUAUAGCACUUUAUCUUGGCUUAUUACGCAUUUCUGUGAUUUAAUGGACCUGUACAAUGAACUUCCCUUUUGUUUUAAAUUCACUUGUUCUUUGAGUCAUAGAUUUUUCUUUUCCCCUGUGUCUGUCCUUAGAAGAUAAGGAAUCUGUAUUGUGAGCCUAAUACAGGUACAGAGAUGGUGCUCUGUCAUUAUUCUUAAAUGUAUCUCUGCUUUGAGGGAUGUCACUUGUUUUAUUCCAGAUGCUGACCACAUUCUUCACAAGAUUUGUGGAAUCCCCCUCCCUUCUUGCUGCAGACUCUUGGAAUUACCUGAAUUACGGAACCAGGCCAAACCAGCCCAUAAACCAUUGACAUGGGGAAUCCUUAAGAAGCGUUCUAGAAACUUAGUUAAGCUAAAGCUAACUGAUUCUGAAGUAUUUCCCCUUGCCCGGUUGGUUCCUUUUUCUCACCUGGAAUUUUAUAACAUGCCACAUUGCAUCUCGGGCCCUGGAAUGGCCAAGAGCCAUAUGCCUUGGUAUUCAAACCAAUAUGGCUUCGUAGCAAUAAUUUCAGAGCCCAAGCAGAGAAGAGAGAUUCUGAAGCUUUCACUGUUAGGAUUGAUGUUUAGAAGCUAGUAAUUCAGGACAGUAAUUAGUGAAUUUGAGUACUUUUUUUGUUGUUUGUUCUUCUUUUCUUCUGUCUUUAUUAGUUUAUUCUAGGGCUGAGAACUGUGUGUGUGUUACUUUUGCAGCUUGAGAGUUCACUCAACACUAAAGAAUGAAAUACUGAAGAAUGAAUAAAAUCCUGCUUGUUUUGAAGCAGAUACCAAAACUACCAUAGUCUUCACUGGGAGCAGGAUUUCAUCCAUUAUCUGUAAACACUUAAACCCAAAGAUACUGCUUUCCCUUUAAAAGAAAAAAGAAAAAAAAUAGUGUACAAUUUCUUUCUACAAUCCUAUGACCCUGUUCUCAAAUCCUGACAUUAUUUUGCCUCUUGCAUACUUAAGUAGUAUCACCUGCAUGUGUUGUGUUAGUGGCUGUGUAAAUGCAUUGCAGAGAAUUUUGGUAACUUUCUUCAGUUGGUGUAUUUAUUGCUGAUUUCAUGUUUGUUCAUUAGAGUAAGGGGUGCUGGAAAGCAUGGGUAAUCUAGGCUAACUCCACAAAUGUUGUGGCCAGUGUAGCUCUGCUAUCUCCUGAUGCAGGGCGAAACCAUAAGGACCUUCUGUGUUGUUGUAUUUUUAGCAAAACAAUGCAGACAUAACCCAAAGCUUUAGUUUGGAGUGUUCUUUUGAAGCUGUAGAGAUGUAAAUUUCUGUAAGAAUUGACACAAGUUGAUUGAAAUUCUAUACAAGCCUCUGUUUCAACUGCUUUAGACGCUGAGGAUGGUUUAGGUGGUGCACGCUGUGAUUUGCUGAUUUAUUUUUCUCUAUUUAAGAAUUUAGCUUGCGAAUAUUUAUUUUGAUUUUUCUUCUCACGUCAACGUGGCAUGGCAUUAAUUUUAGUAUUGUUCUGUUUUCUGCUAAUGAAUUAGCACCAACUGAAGCAUAUUUAGCUCUGGAGGACUGCUGUAUUAUGUUGGCUUUCUUACAACACAAGCCUUGAAGCUGUGUCAUCUCCCAGAAACCCCAAAUGAAAUACCAGUGCCAUCCAUUUGAAAUUGCUCUUAACGUGGUCAGUUAAUUGCCUGUUGGCAUCUACGAUCUUGUGUGAAUCUGACCCACCCUUCUCUUAAGGAAUUUUGUAGAAGAUUGCUGAGAAGAAAUGGAUGAGUACCUGGGUGUGCAUGUGUGCACUUCUGUAAGAAUUUGAUACAGUAGUUUGGCAAAUGAAGUUAUGAUCCUGUGAUUAAUUUUAUAUUCUCAUUUUUGGCGAAGAGUAGGUUACCUAAGAUCUCUACUGGGGAUCUUAAGUUGCUAAAGCAAAUUUAUUGGAGUUAAUGGAUGGAGCUCCAGGCUAAACUGUUGUCAGAAAGAUAACUCAUGUAUUCAUUAUUCAUAAUGGAUAUCGAGCAGAUAAGUACUAUAUAUUUUGGACUCUCUGACCUUUUGAAGUGCUUUUAGCUCUUGGGUGAAGUCCUAAAUUGCCAUUUGUAGAAAUUUAAGCUCCUUUUAUACUGAGCAACAGUUAUACUGCCUUUAGCCAGACGUUACCAAAAGAAAGUGCCUCGUCUCAGUCGCAGGAGACACCUGAAAGAGCUGGAAUUUAUGUCUAUGCCAUAUUGGCAUCUCCUGUACCUGCCAACAUAGCUGGCAGUUUUAGCAGUAAUUUUUUAGUUUGGAUAUUUGGUUUUCUUGUAGGAAAUGCCUGGAGAUAACCCAUUUCACAUUAGAUAAUUCAGUAGCUAUCAACCCCUGAGCAGGGGCAGUCUGGUUUAGAGGUGAGCCACCUUUUUUUCCUCUUUGUUGCUCCAUAUUCUAUUAGCAGUCUUAACAACUUUCACGUUUCUGUCUCCUAAGAAGAUUAUGUUACUGCAUUCUGUAGACAGUUCUUUCUGCAAUGCAAACAUAAUGUUUGUCUUUCCAGAAAAAAAAUCAGCCAAAUAUCUGAUCUGUGACUAGGAUUUAUUGGGCUAUGCCUUUUCUGCAUCCACGCACAUGAAACGCGAAUGCUAUUUAGGGCUAUAAAUUUACGUCUUGGCGUGAAUAAGCUUUCAUAAAUAAACUGAAUUUGCACAUGCCAGUUAUCUGAAUGCUUCCUCUGAGACAUGAGCAGCUUUCUUCUUGUUGGAGUAAUGUCAAAGUACCUAUUAUUUUAUUUUACUUUGUGAAAUGUGGGGAAAUAACUUAAGUCUUGGGGAUAGCUGUUCUGAUCUGGGGAAAGAGUAACAUUUCUUUCAUAGUGGGUUUUCCUACAGCUUUUUUUUUCCAGGGCACUUACACUGAUUCUUCUUCUCUUGUAGCUGCAUUAUCAUGCCAUAAACAUUAUAAAUUUAUAGUCGUGUCUCUCUAAAGGCUUUCCAAGUCUGAAUGCAGUACUGCCUUGACUAAUGACAUGAAUAGUCAGGAUUCUGCUUUCCCCACUUUCAGUUGUAACACCGAAUUUCAUGUGUUGGUUAAAUCAUUUUAGUCCUACUACAACAAACUUGUAUUUAAAUGUCACGGUUUGAGGAAUUAUGGAAAUUAAUUGUGCUUAGAUGAUGUUUAGCAUUAGUGGAGGUUGUUCUGUCUUCACUGGGUGUAAAUAACAUCUGAUUACAGUAUUGCGUAUUUUGAAGGGGUCUGGUUUACAUUAAAUUAUCAUAUUUAAACAUUCUUGACUAUGUUUAUAGAAAAAAAAAGUUUUGUAACAUUUGUUUUUGGAUAUGCUAAAUAAAACUUUUUAAAUGCC